AGUCGUCUUUUGGUGCAGCUUCCCUCCCCAGCGGAGCCCAGCUGAGACUGGUGGGUGUCUUUUUGCCUAGUUUAGGAUGUGAAGUGUGUGUGUGGCUGUGUGUGUGUUUAGUAAACAGCUUCACCCAGCCCCUGGAACAUCAGUCGGCUCUUUCCUCUGUGCAGCACCGCAGCUUGCCCUAAGUGAAGCUGACUGCCCUCAAUGUAGCGCUGAUUACAUACAGGUCGACACCAGCAGCUGAAUCCACAAUGCCAUCKCUAACAAAGGUUGGAUUUUGGGUUUUCUGCUUUGUUUUCCUCUGGGAAAGACUGAGAGGUGAGAAUCACUCCACUCCAAAAUGUUUCACUGAUCCCAAAGGAGUCCCUGCUUCUGAGCAGGGCCCGCCGGGCGGCCCUGGYUUGGUGGGUGACGCUGUGGACGUGACUGUGUUCCUGAAGCCUCUGAAUCCACCCAGCAGCCCUYUGAGGGCCCUCCACCUGGUGCUCAGCUCCAUACUUCCAGUCAGCUGGUGGCUGGAGGCUGAGCWGCUGCCCCCUGACCUCCCAGUGCUGGUGCAGGUGUCUCCAAACUCCAGCGUCCAGUCACAGACUCUACGCUUGAGCGUUCGAACAGUUCCUUCGUUACCUUUUCGCCUCCACACGCUGCAUCGCUGGGCAAUGAAGCACCAUGGCAACCUGUCCUCACUGGUCCACACGAAGCAGGGCAAUCGAGUUUACAUCCACCUGGGAGAAGAUCCGACCCUUCCUGCUGUGUGCCAGCUUCAGUCCUCCUUCCUGUUUCCUAAUUACAUGACCUCUGACCUGCAGCCGCAAACAGUGAAGGGCUGCAGCUAUCCCAGAGGGAGCGAAGCCAGUCCUGAAGUCCAUGUGAUCAGGCUGCGUUCAGCAGGAUCCUGGAUCAGUGGCUCUCUGCAGGCCGAUGUCACGGUCUCUCUGGUGCCCCCGGUGGCCACUUCAGAACCCCACGAGGUUGUUCUGGUUCUGAGCAGCUCGGUCCCAGUCACCUGGGUGAUUACAGCCAMAGGGGUCAGGGGUCACGUCUCUGUUCACUUUUGUGUUUAUGUUUUGAUAGUGUGUSUGUUUAUUCUGUUUUAUGAUCAGUUGUUGCUAUGGCGAGCCCAGCCGCAGAGCGUCGCUGCACACGGAGAGAACAGGACCUUCAGCGUACAUAUAAGCUGUUUUGCCACCAGCCCCUCAAAAUCUGCUGCUAAUGUUGACAACGUGACGCUUCCUCUGAUUGGACGGUUCGCGCGGGGGGCACGGCGGGGUCCAGAAUCGGCCCCGACUCCCCACCGUCUGCCGGUCCCCGUACUCACAUCGGGGCCCGCUCUGCAGCUGAGGCUCUUUGUCACCAACAGCUAUGAGCGGACCUGGACCGGGCCGUGUGUCAUCACCGCUGACCACCGCGUCUUUGUCGAGGUCUCUGCGCUUCCAAACGUGGAAGAUUCGGAAAAAACGCAACUGUUGAGAUUUAGCUUCAUCCUGCGGCCGGUUUAUAACGAGUCCAUGCAGUUCGUCCACUGCAGCAUCCUCCUUUGCGUCUCCGACUCAGCUGAAGAAGAGACCACACAGGAGGCGAAUAGYUGCCWGAGYGGGGUACCGAUCCCCCCACUUGUUCCAGGAUUAUCCAGACAUCAGUGUGAGAUCAGAAACCUCUCCAGGCCCAUGGUGGUCACCCGGCCCAUUAGCUCACUGGUAACCAAACUGGAACCGACUGCUGGUGAAAGAACUAAGAGUCUGAGUCCAGAGAGCAGCAGGUUUGUGUUGCACGAAGGGCUGCUGAUGGGAAUCGUCUUUGCAGCUUUUCUGGUUGGAGUCAGUUUAAUGGGGGGACUGUGGUGCAUCUACACAUAUACAGGGGGACACCCAGAGUCUUUYAGAAAUGCUCACUUAACAAAUCAGACUCAAGAGGGAUGCAACAACAGGACUCCAAGUUUCCUGUCUGAUCAGUCCUCCAGCUCAGUUUAGAGGAUUUCCUCCUGCAAAUCUGAGUGGAGAACUGGGACAGGGGUUGCAACAGCUUCUGUGCGUUUUUGUGUGUGAGAACACAGCUGCUUUCUUUCUUGCGUGURCAGAGCCGUUUUUGCACCUCCAGUGAGUGCCGUUUUCAUGUGCGCCAAAGAGACAAGAGGCCUCGAAGCAUGCAAAUACAGUAGGUCUCAGUCGUGCGCGGCGUUGUGUAAAGUGCUACGGGUUUGAUUCGAAGUGAAAAGUCGCUAGUUUGAUGGUGCGGAGCACUCGGCACCGAGYCAUCUCAGAAGAGGAGCCCGAUCGGCACAUGACGAGACCCGCAUCUGGAUUCGACAGAGGAAUAAAAAUGUUGCUWGUGACUCAGAGAGCACACCAUCAACACAUUUGGGUUUGUGUGGUAAAAUAAAAAAAAGGGUGCACUAAAUGAGCUGAGAUGCGUUGGCCCCUUGUUUCAACUCCAAGACCCCAACUUCUGUGUAAUUGUUUUUUGUUUUGUUUUUUAAGCUAAUGUGCUUUGUUGAAGUCAAAUGCUGUAACCUGUAAUGCUGGAUGUUACAUUAUUGUAUUUACUUAAAGUACAAAUAAAUCACGUUUUGGCCUCUCGGGGGCAGCAGAGCAAA